AGGAUCGUCAGCAUGCGACCUAUACGGGGUGACACCGGACCCUCUCCACGAAAAGGGAGAAGGAUCGCAAGGAAUGGCAAGUCUGCAACGUUUCUUAUUAUAGCGCUGACUAUGAUCGGAAAGUACUGGCAAGACUUACACAAGUAUCUACAUAAACAGAAGCAGGCUGCAGAAUACAUUCUGGAAAAGGUUAAGAGGGCAGAGAAAAAGUUGGAAGAUAACCCAUAUGACCUCAACGCAUGGAGCUUUCUCAUUCACAGGUUUAGUGACCUAGGAUUACAUUACGUUCUCUCUGUCCCAAAAAUGGCAUAA